CAAUUAUGCUAGACCCUGAGAAACGGGGCUGACGUUGUGGAUUAAUCAGCCCCAGAUCUGGGAAGAACCGGAGUUUGAGAGGUUUCCACGAGCUUCGGAGCUCCGCGGGAAUGAUUGCUCAGCACUGGGCAUACCCUCUAACCAGAUUGGAGGUUCCUGCUGGAUUAUUAAAAGCAUAAUGGGGUGAAAACCGGACUUGUCCCCCAGACUUGACUCUUUUGAGUGGGUACGGGAGACCACAAGGACCAGAAAUGCCGAGAAUGCAAGCACGCAAUCACGCAAUUUCAGGCACCAAGGCACCAACAAGCACGCCAUCGAAUUUUCAAGGACCCACUCGAGACCCCGAUGUCGUGCUCAAAUGAAAUGGCGGCUAGGGAAAUCGGAAGUAUGUCAGGCACGCUGAAAAAUCACAUCAUUGCCUCAUAGCCUAUAUUAUUCGGAGCCUGGCCUUUGCUUCUUCUUCCCAUUAUCAUCUCCAUAUCCGUUUUCGGUGCUUCAAUUCCCUGUUGUGUAUAGUUAAACACCUUACCCUAGGCGUUUAUACUUCUAUUCCUUUUACACAUUACUCUUUGUGCACGCUUUCAAAAUGCCGGCCAAGAUGCCUGUCCAGUACCCCUCCGAUGGAGAGGGCAUUGACUCUCGUGACAACAUGACCGAGUCUGGCUAUGUCAGCGGUGGCUCUUCUAGUGAAGAAUACAUCCCAGAGAUUGUCUUCACCAAGCCUCAUCUUCAGUUCUUGAACCGCCAGUUGCAGUUCCUUGAGCCCCAAGAUAUCUUGAGAUGGUGCAUUACAUCACUCCCUCAUCUCUUUCAGACUACUGCCUUUGGUCUUACUGGCCUGGUAACUCUGGAUAUGUUGUCCAAACUGGAAGUUCCCCGCCCCCAGAUGGUGGAUCUUAUCUUCCUCGAUACGCUGCACCACUUCUCCGAGACCCUUAACCUGGUCGACCGGGUCCGCAAGCGUUACCCGUUGAACAAUGUCCACGUGUACAAGCCUGCCGGUGCCGAGACUGCUGCCGAAUUCGAAUCUAAGUAUGGCGCCCGUCUGUGGGAGGUCGAUGACCAGCUCUACGAUUGGGUUGCCAAGGUUGAGCCUGCCCAGCGUGCCUACCGCGAAUUGAAUGUCCACGCCGUUCUGACUGGUCGUCGCCGCAGCCAGGGUGGCAAGCGUGGUGAUCUCGACGUUAUUGAAGUUGACGAGGCUGGCCUUAUCAAGAUCAACCCCAUGGCCAACUGGUCCUUUGACCAGGUCAAGCAGUACGCUCGUGACAACAACGUCCCCUACAACGAGCUCCUCGACCGUGGCUACAAGAGUGUCGGUGACUGGCACUCCACCCAGCCCGUUGCUGAGAACGAGGAUGAGCGCUCUGGUCGCUGGAAGGGUCAGCAGAAGACCGAGUGUGGUAUUCACAACCCCCGCUCCAAGUAUGCUCAGUACCUGAUGGAGAUGGAGCGCAAGCGCCAAGAGGAAGCUUUGACAUCCGCAUUGAACGCUCAGCUUUCUGCUGCUCAAUGA